AUGAGCUUUCUUUCCAAGCUUUCACAAAUUCGAAAAUCAACAACAGGAUCCACACCCAAAGUACAAAAUGUAUUACCGAAGAAAAAUGACGAGGACUAUUCUUUACUACCCAAAAAUUAUAUAAGAGACGAGGACCCCGCUGUAAAUAGAUUAAAGGAACUAAGGCGGCAGGAGUUGCUAAAGAAUGCAGCCCUGGUUAAGAAGAGUGGAGUAAAACGGAAACGCGGUACCUCAUCUGGACCAGAAAAGAAAAGAAAAGAGAGGAAUGAUGAAGAUGAAGGUGGUCUCGGGAUCAGAUUCAAGAGAUCUAUUGGGUCUAGUCAUGCCCCACUUAAACCAGCAGUGAGAAAGAAACCAGAGCCUGUCAAGAAGAUGUCAUUCGAAGAGCUGAUGAAACAAGCAGAAUCCAACGAAAAACAGCCUUCAAAAACAAAGUCACCGGAACCUGUUGCUACGGAGCGCCCACGCCUCAAUAAACCAGGUUUUAAAAGUUCAAAAAAACCACUAAAGAAAGCCUCUCCUGGUUUAGCAUCGCGUGGGACACCAUCAAGGGGCGAUAGCAUGAAAUUACCAGAGCAAAACAGGCCUGUUAAGCUCAAUCUUCCUACGAAUGGAUUCGCGCAACCUAAUAGGAGAUUGAAAGAAAAGUUGGAUUCCAGAAAGCAAAGAUCCAGAUAUCAAGAUGAUUAUUACGAAGAAGAUAAUGAUAUGGAUGAUUUUAUAGAAGAUGACGAAGAUGAAGAGGAAGCCCAUCGUAGCAGAUCAAAGCAUAACGAUGGCCCCGGAUAUGAUCGUGAUGAAAUUUGGGCAAUGUUUAAUAGAGGUAAAAAGCGCUCAGAAUAUGCUUACGAUGAUCUUGAGGAUGACGAUAUGGAGGCUAAUGAAAUGGAAAUUCUAGAAGAAGAGGAAGCUGCAAGAAAAAUGGCGAGAUUAGAAGAUAAACGUGAAGAAGCAUGGUUAAAGAAGCAUGAACAAGAGAAGAAACGUCGCAAGAAGGACAUUCGCUGA